AUGUCUUCUAUUAACAGAUCCAAAUCUCUGUAUGGCACCUCUAGCGUGUCUGAUCUGUCCUCAAUCGGUGUCCAGCACGAAGGGGUUUCUGACUCAAGAAGAAGACAGUCCAAAAGAGACGAUGCCAUCAGGAGAAAGAUAGAAAGUGAUUUGAGCAAGAAAAGACGUGGUGCUGCCAAGGUAUCCCGCCAGCGCAAAGCCACCCCUGGUACAGUGCUCGCGUUGAAGCCAUCGGAGGCGGUGACUUGUAAGCCAUCCACUACGGUAUUUGAGGCUUCCCAAUUGAUGACAGCUAAGCGGGAAAAUUGUAUUUUAGUAGUUGGAGAGGAUGGUGAACUCUUAGGUAUCUUCACCGCAAAGGACUUAGCCUUCAGGGUUGUGGGCUCUAACCUCAACGCCAAUGUCAUCACCAUUGACCAGAUCAUGACUCCUAAUCCUUUGUGCACAAAUGCCAAUGAUCCUGCUUCCGAUGCUCUCACGGUUAUGAUUCAAAAACGGUUUCGUCAUUUACCAGUUUUAGACAAUAGGGACCGAAUUGUAGGGGUGUUAGAUAUAACCAAGUGCUACUCCCAGCAAAUGGAGAAGUUGGAGAGAAUGCACGAAUCUUCAAAGAGAUUGUACGAAGCUUUCGACACAGUUCACUCCGAAAUGGCAGUAGUACAACAGCCACUUCAAGUAUUCCAAUACUUUGAGGAGUUAAAGAGCAAGAUGAACGGUCCAACUUUGGAUACCGUGUUGGACUCCAGAACCGUCCCUAUCUACUGCUCGAUAAAAACUACUGUUUAUGAGGCGACUGUUUUGAUGAAAGAGAAUAACACCACUGCUGUUCUUGUAAAGGAUAAUGAAGAUAAGGUUAACGGGAUUUUUACAUCCAAGGACGUGGUUUUGCGAGUCAUUGCUGCCGGUUUGACCCCCAAGAACUGUUCUAUCGUCAGGGUUAUGACUCCGCAGCCGGACGUAGCUCGUCAUGAUCUUUCCAUUCAAGAAUCUUUGAGGAAGAUGUUCGAUGGUCACUAUUUAAACUUACCUGUUGUGGGGGAUUCCGGUGAUAUAAUUGGGAUCGUUGAAGUGUUAAAGUUAACCUACGCUACGCUAAACCAAAUUAAGCAAGUCAAAGAUCAAGAGAGUCCUGAGAUCGUUUCGGAAGCAAAAAGUGGUGGAGCUGAAGGACCCGCUUGGAAUAAGUUUUGGACAUCAUUAGACAACGAUGCUGAUUCAGUUAAUUCAGAUUCCUUGGUGGUCGACUCCAGUGGUAGGCCCCAAACACCAACCAAUUUGACUUCUCAGGCUGGCCUCACUUCAUCGGAUUUGAACCUUGAUAUCAAGCCAUCUGAUUCUAUCUCUCAUAUUGAAACUCCUCAAAAGAGCAGAACAAGUCUUUUAGACUCUCUUGACGAGUCAUUUGUAUUGAAGUUCAAAUCUCCUGCCAAUGAAAACCGAGUCCAUCGGAUUUCCAUUAAGCCUACUGAUGGCUUGACAAAAUUAAGAGAAUUGAUAGACGAAAAGUUACAUCCUAAAGACUUUCAGUACCUUAGAGUGACAAAAGUUAAUGAUGACGGAAAGACAUACGCCAUAAGCUAUGUUGAUGAUGAAGGGGAUAUUGUGUCAAUCACCUCAGAUAAUGAUUUGCUUGACUGCGUGAAGAUCAACUUGAGACUCGCCAGCCAUAAGGCUAACUUAUAUUUACAUAAUCCCCACGAGCCAGCACCCAUAGAAAACAUCAAGAUUAGAAAACCCAAAAGACCUAGACGGGUAUCUGAGAAUGGGUUUUUUGGUGUUCCCAACGAAGUCUUGAUACCUGGCGUGCUUUUGGUAUUGGCAACUGCCACAUUGAUAGGAUAUUCCGUGAACAAAAGGUGA